CCGCAAAUGCGUCUCAUUCUCCUUGUGCUACUUGCCACGUGGCAAGUCGUGGUGGACACCCGAGCACCCACAUUUCCCGACAAAUUAACACAGCAGCUGCAGCAGCAGGGGACAACAGAACCACAAGGAGAUCACGUGUGUACGGUGAAGACGAUUGUGGACGACUACGAGCUGAAAAAAGUGAUUCAUACAGUGGUGUAUAACGAUACGGAGCAAUGUUUGAAUCCAUUGACUGGAUUUCAGUGUACUGUUGAGAAACGCGGACAAAAAGCCUCCUACCAACGGCAACUUGUAAAAAAGGAGAAAUACGUAAAACAGUGUUGUGAUGGAUAUUAUCAGACAAAAGAUCAUUUUUGCCUGCCAGAUUGUAAUCCUCCGUGUAAAAAAGGAAAAUGUAUUGAGCCGGGAAAAUGUGAAUGUGAUCCCGGUUAUGGUGGCAAAUAUUGUGCUAGUUCGUGUUCCGUCGGAACGUGGGGUCUUGGAUGCUCCAAAUCAUGUGACUGUGAAAAUGGAGCCAACUGUGACCCGGAACUCGGUACAUGUAUCUGUACAAGUGGAUUUCAAGGAGAACGAUGCGAAAAACCAUGUCCCGACAAUAAAUGGGGCCCAAAUUGCGUGAAAUCGUGUCCAUGUCAAAAUGGUGGAAAAUGCAAUAAAGAGGGAAAAUGUGUGUGUUCGGAUGGAUGGGGUGGAGAAUUUUGUCUCAAUAAGUGUGAAGAGGGAAAAUUCGGUGCAGAGUGUAAAUUCGAAUGCAACUGCCAAAACGGAGCAACUUGCGACAAUACAAACGGAAAAUGUAUCUGUAAAUCAGGAUAUCACGGAGCUCUGUGUGAAAACGAGUGCUCCGUGGGAUUUUUCGGCUCAGGAUGUACACAGAAAUGUGAUUGUUUGAAUAAUCAAAAUUGUGAUAGUUCAAGUGGAGAGUGUAAAUGUAUUGGAUGGACUGGAAAACAUUGUGAUAUUGGAUGUUCGAGAGGACGAUUUGGGCUUCAGUGUAAACAGAAUUGCACGUGUCCUGGCCUGGAAUUUUCGGACUCAAACGCCUCUUGCGACGCAAAAACCGGCCAAUGUCAAUGCGAAUCCGGCUACAAAGGACCGAAAUGUGACGAACGAAAAUGCGAUGCGGAGCAAUACGGCGCAGAUUGCUCCAAAACGUGUACCUGUGUCCGAGAGAAUACUCUGAUGUGUGCUCCGAACACUGGCUUCUGCCGCUGCAAACCGGGCUUCUACGGUGACAAUUGUGAGCUCGCGUGCUCCAAAGACUCGUACGGACCGAACUGUGAGAAGCAGGCGAUGUGCGACUGGAAUCAUGCUUCCGAAUGCAACCCGGAGACCGGGAGCUGCGUAUGCAAGCCUGGAAGGACUGGGAAAAACUGCUCCGAGCCGUGUCCCCUCGACUUUUACGGCCCCAACUGUGCCCACCAGUGUCAGUGCAACCAGCGAGGUGUCGGCUGCGACGGUGCCGACGGGAAGUGUCAGUGCGAUCGGGGAUGGACUGGACAUCGGUGUGAGCAUCACUGCCCGGCCGACACGUUCGGUGCGAACUGUGAGAAGCGGUGCAAGUGCCCGAAGGGAAUCGGUUGCGAUCCGAUUACCGGAGAAUGCACAUGCCCCGCUGGGCUUCAGGGAGCAAACUGUGAUAUCGGGUGCCCUGAAGGAUCUUAUGGACCCGGAUGCAAGUUGCAUUGCAAGUGUGUCAAUGGAAAGUGUGAUAAGGAAACCGGCGAGUGCACGUGCCAGCCGGGAUUCUUCGGCUCAGACUGCUCAACGACAUGCUCCAAAGGGAAGUACGGAGAGUCGUGUGAGCUCUCCUGCCCGUGCUCAGAUGCUUCGUGCUCCAAACAAACAGGCAAAUGUCUCUGCCCACUUGGCACAAAAGGUGUCAGCUGUGAUCAAAAGUGUGACCCCAACACCUUUGGCUUCCUGUGCCAGGAGACAGUUACUCCGUCACCGUGUGCUUCCACAGAUCCCAAGAAUGGAGUCUGCUUGUCGUGUCCACCGGGCUCUUCGGGGAUCCAUUGUGAGCAUAACUGUCCCGCUGGGAGCUAUGGCGAUGGCUGUCAGCAAGUGUGCUCCUGUGCCGACGGUCAUGGAUGUGAUCCGACGACCGGCGAAUGCAUCUGUGAGCCCGGUUAUCAUGGGAAGACGUGCUCCGAGAAGUGUCCCGAUGGGAAGUAUGGAUAUGGAUGUGCUCUGGACUGCCCGAAAUGUGCAUCCGGAUCUACUUGUGAUCAUAUCAACGGACUAUGUAUCUGCCCGGCGGGGCUCGAAGGAGCUCUCUGCACACGGCCGUGCUCUGCAGGAUUCUGGGGGAAUGGGUGUAGGCAGGUGUGCAGGUGUACGUCAGAGUACAAGCAAUGCAAUGCACAGACUGGAGAAUGCAGUUGUCCGGCGGGAUUCCAAGGAGAUCGAUGUGAUAAGCCAUGUGAAGACGGCUAUUACGGACCGGAUUGCAUUAAAAAAUGCAAGUGUCAGGGUACAGCAACGUCUUCGUGUAAUCGAGUAUCUGGAGCAUGUCACUGUCAUCCUGGAUUCACUGGAGAAUUCUGUCAUGCGCUGUGCCCAGAGUCCACUUUCGGUCUAAAAUGCUCAAAAGAAUGUCCAAAAGACGGUUGUGGUGAUGGAUAUGAAUGUGAUGCUGCAAUUGGCUGCUGCCAUGUAGAUCAAAUGUCCUGCGGAAAAGCGAAACAAGAAUUUGAGGCUCUAAAUGGAGCUGGACGUUCGACUGGGCUCACGUGGUUCUUUGUGCUCCUGAUUGUUGCUUUAUGUGGUGGAUUAGGAUUAAUUGCAUUAUUCUAUAGGAAUAAAUAUCAAAAGGAAAAAGAUCCGGAUAUGCCUACUGUUUCAUUCCACAAAGCGCCGAACAACGAUGAAGGCCGAGAAUUCCAGAAUCCCCUAUACUCUCGUCAAUCAGUUUUUCCAGAUUCUGACGCUUUUUCAUCAGAAAAUAAUGGAAAUCAUCAAGGAGGACCACCCAAUGGUCUUUUAACUCUUGAAGAAGAAGAAUUGGAGAAUAAAAAGAUUCAUGGAAGAAGUGCUGCUGGACGGGGAAAUAACGACUACGCCUCCCUGGACGAAGUAGCUGGAGAAGGAUCAUCAUCAUCAGCUUCAGCUUCAGCUUCUCGUAGAGGUUUAAAUUCAUCUGAACAAUCACGUCGACCUCUAUUAGAAGAGCAUGACGAAGAAGAAUUCGAUGAACCACACGAGAACUCGAUAUCUCCAGCACAUGCAGUAACGACAUCGAAUCACAAUGAAAACCCAUACGCCGACAUCUCAUCACCGGACCCCGUCACCCAGAACUCUGCGAACAAAAAACGUGCUCAGGACAAUUUGUACACCUAAAUUCGAAUUUUCAUAUAUAUUUUUUUGAAAUUUUCUAAAAUUUUCAUUCUCCAUUCCUUCCCCCACCACCCCUCAAUUUUACGGCGUAAACUUCAACUAACCCAUCGAAGAUUUUUGAGAUUUUUUUAUUUUUAUUUUUCGGCAUUUUUCUCACUCACCGGUGCUAAUUUUCAUUUCCUGUACCAUUUUCGUCCUUUUUUCAUGAGCUCCGGGAGCCCCGAGCCCGGAGCACAUUUUGUGCUUUAUUUACGGAUAGUCUAACUAUAUAUAUAUAGUUGUAUUUGUAUUUCAUGUACUUUUUACUCACUUUUUUUUGAAGAAUUUUGUAACAUAUAUAUACAGUGUGGGAAAGUUCUAUAGGACCCCCCCUAAUUUGAAGGUUUGAGG